GGAUUGAUCAGUUUCAGUAGUCGCGGUACCGCGUGUUGUGGGCCCUACGAGCUCCUUAGCCAUUCUGAAGUCCUGGUACCGUGAUCGUCUAUUGUUAAGACUGAGUCACGUUCACUGAAUUUUUCGUUUGCACAAACUUUAACCGUGUGACGCAAAUAAUAAAGUAUUCAUUUGUUUAUUUCAAAUGUGUAUUUGAUCAGCUGUAUGUGAUGUGGAGGAUCGGGCCACAUCGAAUCGUACAAGUGUUUCUACCCUGGACAGUCUUCAGUGGUAACAGUGGCUUGUAGUUUUACUGUCUUGUUAUCUAACAUCGCGUGUUCGAACGUAACGUGCACAGGACCCGUAGAUUACAUCGAUGGAAAUACCGGGCUGAUAGACUCGCGACUUUAAAUUUAUUUUACAAUGUGUGCAAGUUGUCGUUUUGUGUUUAAAAUCGUUCCGGUGGUGUUUUCCUUGUUUGUGUUUGUUCAUGCAGAUUCAGGGCAAUGUAUCGGGGGGCAAUCCCUGAGUUUCGUACGGUGGUCGGGGGUGAACGCAGUAGAUGCGGCUCCAGUGUUUGUAUACACAGCCAGCGGGGAAGAGGAGUCGCUUGUCGGCGCCUGUCUUGCCAGGUGUCGUGAAUUAGAGGACUGCGACGCUGUACUGGUGUCUCAGGGUCACGGAAACUGCCACGGCAUAACGGACCGCCACGGCCUGGAGCAGAGACAGGACGGCGACGUCGCGUACUUCAAGAAGGCUUGCUUGGACAUAAGCAGCGGUUGCAGUCGACAGUGGUGGGCGGUGGAAAGCACGCCUGGAUAUAGCCUGCACUCGGACAGCUCUCAACGUGUGUUGUCAAACACUACACUCGCACAUUGCUACCGCGCCGUGCUACGCCAGGACAACAACGUUAUCUAUCGCUCAGCGCAGUGGGUGGGCCCGGAUGGCCUCUUAGACCCCUCAGCGGUGACGGCCCCAGGAGUCCCAGGCACCUGCGUCCUGAAUGGGGAAGACAAGUUCUCUGAACCCGAGUCUUACAGAGUCUCCAACUUCUACACUGUCUACAUCGAGAAUCAGUGCAGGCAUGACUACCCAAAGAAAAUAGACAGAUGUUCUUACGAAGAAUAUUAUAAUCAGACAUUGAAACAUGUCGAUUUUACCUUGAAAAACUAUAGCAAAGAUGAGUGCAAAACUGCAUGCGAGGUAGAACGUCGCUUCGUGUGUCGAGGUUUCUCAUGGACGGAGCGGCCGUCACGCGACGCCGGCAGCUCCCGGGGUCUCUGCGACUUGCACAGCGAGGACCUGGUGACCACAGGUUCGUGGCUGCUGCGCCGCAAUGCUGCAGCAGUGUACUACCGCCGCGUCAUCUGCCUCAACAUCACGGUGGAGUGCGAGGGCGGCGACAUGACGGUGACGUAUCGUCCGCACGGCCCGUUCCGCGGCCGCGUGUACGUGCCGGGCCGCGGCGAGCAAUGCAGCGCGCGCGCAGCCGGCCAUCUUGUACGACUGACCUUGCCACUGUACGGGGACUGUGACGUACAUUUCGCGUACGCUAUAACCAAUACCCCUGCUGGCGUGACUAACAGGACGAUGGCGUACGUGAUGGUGAUGAUCCAGAACAAUCCCAUCAUCCAAACUGCCGGGGACCGCUGGGUGCGCGCGGGCUGCUCCCCCGCCCCCCGCGCCGCGCCGCACUCCGUCGACGCCACCCUCGCCGUCAGGGACAUGGGAAAGCCGUCGCUAGCCAGCGAUUCCUUGCCGCCAUCUCCGGCCGCGGCCAGCGCCGUGUACAGCCCCAACUCGGCGCCGCUCAGCAUGUACGUGGUGCGCGCGGACGACACCGAAACUGGUGCUGGCUCCGCAGCCGUGUCGCUUGGAGAGCCACUGGAGCUUAGGAUAGAGACCACAGACAGCACGGAGAUCGAGGCGUACCACUUGGUGGCGUCGUCGCGGCUCGGAGACAGCUCCGUGCUGCUGCUGGACAGCAGGGGCUGCUCCACGGGGCAGGUGGACUUCCCCCCGUUCAGCCGGACGUGGCUGGCGGGCACGCAGCGGCUGGUGUCGCGGUUCAAGGCGUUCCGGUUCCCGAGUUCGCAUGUCGUGCGGUUCGCGCUCAUGGUGCGCUUCUGCGAGGACAAGUGUGCGCCCGUAAACUGCGGCUCUCCACAAAACAGGAUAGCCCGUGAAACCAACAUGACAUACGACGCUGUCCCCGCCGCCGACGUGGUGCAAGAGAGCGGGUGGGAGGGGCGCCACAAGGGGGGCGUGGUCGCGCAGGGGGGCACCACGGCGUGCGGGGUGCCUGCCGACGGCCGCGUGCCGCUGGAAGUGGAGAUGGUGGUGGGCGCCAGGGACAUACUGUCGGCGGACACGCUCGUCAGGGCCGACCAUAGGGACGCUAGCCCGGAAGACGGUGUGACUGUGGAGCCAGCGUUGGUGUGUGUUCACGAGCUGCUGCUGGUGGCGCUGGCACUGGCCUGGCUCGCGGUGCAACUGUUGCUGCUGCUGGGCUGCUGCGUGCUCGUCAAGAGGUACAGAAAUCUAGCAGAGAUGAGCAUGCAGAAGGAUUACCAUUCGUUCGACAAUGUGGGGUUCGACACUGUCUCCACGCACAGAAGAGUUCAUUGGCCGGACCAGAACAUCGACAUAUUGCAUACAACUUAGUCAAUUAUAUAUUCUUAAUGGUAUGUGCGAAAGUUCGGAUACGCGGUUUGUGCAAAUAGAAAAUACAGACUAAUAUUCUAAAUGUGAAAAUCGGUAGGAUCUCUGACUUUCUUUUCGUCGCGCCUUUACGGCUAAUUCGAGCUAAAUCUGAAAUAGAUAUAGACCUACUUAGUUAAUGACUAUGAGUCUAAAAUAGGGUAGGUUGGGUACCGUGCAAAAAUUCAGGAAAAUUCCUCCGUUGAGAAUCUUUUACAUAUGGAGAAAUGCAGAUUUUGUCACUUCCCUCUAAAAUUCUAAAGGCACACUACUAUUAGUGUUCCUUUUAAACAAUUCGUCAUCAUGGACACCAGAAUGAACCAGCGGUUGUGUACUGCGAGCGUCCUGCAUAAUCAAAUCAAAUGCAAUACUAAGUACUUUUUCAUCAUUAAUCUAAAGUAAGUUACGAUUUAUCGUCUACAUUGCAUGUUUGUACGUAAUAAAGGAAAGUACUUGGGUACCAUUUAAAUUAAAUUAGUAACAAAAUUAAUCCUUUCAUAGAUCACUAAAUCAGUGAUAAAAGAACUUUGUAAUGACGUCUACAGACGUAAUGUCCCGCCAAGAGAUAUGUUAUCAGUUUUAAUAUUGUCAAGUAAAGAAACAAGGUGUAUGGUAUUUUGUUUUGCAGGUAUCGUAAGCAUUAAUAAAUUGUUAAUAGGGAAGUAUUUUCAUAACGUGCUAUGUACUUUGAUAUUAAACCAAAUCCGUCCGUAUGUGCUUAGGGUGCACUGUAAAAUAAUUAGGUUCUUGAUAAAAAAAGGUUAUUUUUA